AAAGUGCUUAAAAUAUCAAAGAAAAUGACAAAAAGGUGUGAUUUUUAUUUUUUAUACUGCAAGCUGUACAAGGCGAGGCCAGUCCGUUGAUUUAUUAAGAUUCAGAAAGGCUGUUUUGCAGAUUCAGAGGAGAAGAUGCCGAGGAGCAGAUUUGCAGGUUCACUCACUUCGCCGAAGGUCGACGUUGUUAUCGACAUGGGCAAUCCCUUCCUCAAUCACACUGUCGAUGCUUUUCUGAAGAUUGGGACGGUAGCUGCUGUCAAAACUGCAGCUGAGGAAUCUUAUUACAUGGUAGAACGAGGAAGGGUUUCACAGGACAAACUUUCACAUUCGUUAAAGAAAAUGUGCAAAGAAGGCGCUUAUUGGGGGACUGUAGCUGGAGUAUAUGCUGGAAUGGAGUUCGGGGUGGAGAGAAUCCGAGGAGAAAGAGAUUGGAAGAAUGCAAUGAUAGGGGGUGCACUGACUGGGGCACUUAUAUCUAUUGCCAGCAGCGAAAACAAAGAGAAAAUUGUAAAGAGUGCCAUAACAGGUGGUGCUCUUGCAACUGCAGCAGAAUUCCUCAAUUAUCUCAAGUGAAGCAUGGAAAAUAAAUUAUGUCUUAUGGCCCAAUAAUGGUUCCAUGCAUGUAAUGUUUGUUCCUCUUUGUUGGCUAUGUAAGAUUCAUAAGACAAAACACAACUUUGCCUUGUAGAACAUUGUUGGCAGCUGGCAAGCUUUAUUCUCUCACAAUGUUUAACAUGUUCCCU